AUGGCCCUCGCCGUCGCCGUUUACUCCCUGUCAGCGCGCGCCGCUCAAGAUGCGGCGUUAAAUGCGACAGAAUGCCUCCCAUCGUGUGCGAAACAGUAUAGAACUCUAGCUGAAAUAGUGUUGAGCUGUUUCACUACCAUUUUCCUCUGCAUCUGGGUCUCGCUCCAUCUCAAUGUUCCCGAACCUGUCGACACCGAAGGCAUGAAUACCUUCAAGAAAUUCAAAGUUUGGAUAAGGUUGUUCAUUAGAUGCAACGUAAUUCCUGUUAUCGUCACAUUGGUGUUUCCUGAAUGGGUUCUGGGUAUGGCGGUUCUUCAAUUCCGCAAGGCCACUCGUUUAGCCAAAGAGAUCGGCAUCACUCGCCAGCACGGAUUUUUCAUCAUCAUGGGUGGUUUUCAUCUCUUUGAACGAAGCCAAGCGCCAUCGAAUCAAAUCAGAGCUGGAGACAAAGAUGGAGAAACUCACCCCUUGGUCAAGGGAGAAGGGGACGAACGUACAUCAAAUGACAAGACUUGUGUGGUGGAGGAGUUUGACACGCCUAUCCACCCACUCGAUGAAUUCGACGUCCGCCAUCUUAUUUACACUGGUAAACUCCGCCUUCCUACUACUGCCGAACUGCGGGACAAGUGCAAGAACGACGGAAUAGCGAAGUUCCUUGUGAUAUUACAAACCCUCUGGUUUAUUGCGCAAUGUAUUACCCGGAAAGUCAGAAAGCUCCCACUCACCGAGCUUGAAGUCAUCACGCUUGGCUAUACUCUACUUACCGUGUUAAUGUACAUUGCAUGGUGGGACAAGCCAUAUCGGGUGACAUUCCCUAUCCGUGUGUAUGAAGCACUUCCCGAACGCACAUACCAGCAACGGGAGCAAAAGAGAAGGAUGCAAGAAGAGAGCUUCUGGGGCAUGACCAUUGGGUACGCUAUGGGUCUUCAGAGUGAUAGCAUUGAGCUACGGAGUGUGAAGCAAGCUCCAAUGUUUCACUCUGGGUCUAUGAACGAAGUAUAUGAUGCCGGUGAUUUUCUUUGCGUCAUUACAACGGUCAUUGUUGGAGUGCUGUUUGGUGGUGUUCAUUUUCUUGCGUGGUCCUCGCCCUUUCCAUCCGCCCAAAUGCAAUUCCUCUGGAGACUUGCGACUCUCAUCAUGACUGCGACGCCACUUGCAGCAGUCGCAGGCAUGGUUAUCAGUGCAAUAAUCAACCAAAUGUCUGACGGCCUGGGUGUUGUGUUCCUGUACUGCCUAUGUGUUUUACCGCCGUGCUAUUUUGUUGGCAGAGGCAUAACAAUUGUGAUUGCGUUAGUGACGCUUUCAGCGCUUUCACUUGACAUAUAUCAAGAUGUGGAGUGGUCCAACCUCUUCCCUCAUAUCUAA